CACGAACCUAUUAUAUAACCAAAAACACCAUCAUACAUAUAUCAAUCAUCAUGGACAAACUGAAGCAGGCAAAGGACGCAGUUACAGGCCAGACUUCGGCCAACCAAACUGCCCAAAAGCCGGGCGGUAAGAAUGCCACCAAAGACACCAUGAUCGAUUCUAUGGUUGAUCAGGAAGCUCAGAAGAAGGGAGUCCCAGGCGGCGCUGACCCUAUGAUCAACAAUGUUGUCAACGAUGAAGUCAAUAAAUUUUGA